CAAACGCAUCUUCCUUCUAGCUCACUGAAUCAACAACAAAUGGCAGCUGAAGCAGCUCUCUUCAACACUGCUGAGAAUAUCAUGAAGAGCUUGGGCUCUCUUGCUCUCCAAGAGAUUGGACUGCUCUGGGGUUUUAAAGAUGAGCUUAUAAAGCUCGGAAACACGGUUUCGACUAUCCAAGCUGUGCUUUCGGAUGCGGAGGAGCAGCAGGCCACGAACCAUGCGGUCAAAGAUUGGCUUGGGAAGCUCAAGGAUGCCGUGCUCGAAGCAGACGACUUGUUGGAUGACUUCUCCACUCAACUUCUUCGGCGAAAAGUGAUGACACCGGUACGCAUCUUCUUUUCCAAAUCGAACCAGUUUGUAUAUGGCCUUCAAGUAGGUCAUAAGAUCAAGGAAGUUAGGGCAAGACUGGAUGAAAUCGCAGCUGAUAGGAAGAAAUUUGGCUUCACUGAGCAUCCAAUAGGGAUACUGUUUGAGCAUGGUAAAAGAGAAGAUACACACUCUUUUAUACCAAAAGAAGAAGUCAUUGGAAGAGAGGAUGACAAGAAGGCUAUUAUAGAGAUGUUAUUGAAAUCCGAUACGGAAGUGGACGUUUCCAUCAUUCCUUUUGUUGGGAUUGGUGGACUAGGCAAGACCACGCUUGUUCAAUAUGUGUACAAUGACGAGGUGGUCCAAAAAUAUUUUGAUUUGAGGUUGUGGGCAUGCGUCUCUGAUCCUUUUAACGUGAAAACUAUUGUUGCAAAGCUCAUAGAAUCUGCAACUAAGAAGAGACCCGAAAGCCUUGAGAUGGAUCCGUUGCAAACUAAGUUUCGAGAAACAAUUGGUGGGAAGCGAUACUUACUUGUUUUAGACGAUGUAUGGAAUGAGGAUUCUAAUAAAUGGUCCGCCCUGAAAAAUCUAUUGGUGGGUGGCCUGAGGGGAAGCAAAGUUUUGAUUACUACACGUAGCAAAAAAGUUGCAUUGCUUACUGGUACAAUUUUACCGUGUUUUUUGGGAGGUUUAUCUCAAAUCGAUUCUUGGAAUUUAUUUAAGAAAAUAGCUUUUAAAGACGGGAAAGAGCCAAAUAAUCCAGAGCUAGUAAAAAUUGGAAAGGAGAUUGUACAAAAGUGCGCACAAGUUCCUCUUGCUAUAAGGAGCAUAGGGAGUUUCUUAUACUUCAAAAAUUCGGAGGAUUGGUUGUAUUUUAGAAACAAUGAACUCUACAAUAUAACUCAAAAUGUCAAUGAUAUUUUCCCUAUACUUAAGUUGAGUUAUGAUCAUCUCCCUUUACACUUGAAGCAGUGUCUUGCCUUUUGUCGAUUGUUUCCAAAAAAUUAUGAAAUUGAAGUGCAGUUGUUGAUUCAGCUAUGGAUAGCUCAAGGCUUUAUUCAUUCAUCAGCUUCAAGCCGUCGUCUUGAAGAUGUUGGUCGCGAGUAUUUUAUGGAUUUGUUUUGGAUGUCGUUUUUCCAACAAGUAGAAGGAAAUGAAUAUGGUGAUAUAGAAACAUGCAAAAUGAAUGACCUUAUUCAUGAUCUUACACAGUCAAUAGCAGGGAACAACUGCACAAUUUCAGAUCCAUUGCUCAGGGCACAUGAAAUGAGUAUGCUAUUUCCAACAACAGCUAGCCAUAUGCCAAUCAAUGAUACACUUAUUUCCAGUUUUACAUGCUUGCGUGCUUUGAAUUUGAGUCGAUCGGAUAUUCAAGAAGUGCCGAAUUCCGUUGGAAACUUAAAGCGUCUAAGAUUUCUUGAUCUUUCUUGGAAUGAAGAUAUCAAAAUACUCCCAAAUUCUAUAACUAAAUUGCUUAAUUUGCAAACACUAAGACUUGACUUUUGUAGUGGGCUCAAAGAAUUGCCAAGAGACACUAGAAACUUGAUCAGCCUUAGGCAUCUUGCGCUUUACGAGUGUAGGAGCUUGACUCAUAUGCCACAUGGAUUGGGAAAUUUGACUGCUCUCCAGACGCUGACGCUAUACAGUUUAGGGAAGAAGAAAAGUUUUUUCACAAAGCAAAAGGGUGGACUGGGCGAUCUUGAUCGUUUAGAUGAGUUGAGCGGACAAUUACAUAUCAAGGGCCUAGAGCACUUGAGGUGUUCUCCAGUAGAAGCCUUGGCCGCAAACUUGAAGAGGAAGCAACACCUUCGAAUUCUAAAAUUAGAGUGGGACCCAUGUAUAGAAGCUGGUUAUGAUUGUGAUAAGGCAAUUGCAGAUGAUGAACAGCUGCUGGAUAACCUUCAGCCAUGCGUAAAUUUGAAACAAUUAAUUAUAGUUGGGUAUGGAGGUACGGGCUUAUCUAGCUGGGUGUCCUUUUCCACGAAUUUGGUUUCUAUUUUCAUAUACAGUUGUGCAAGGUGCCAAUAUAUCCCACCAUUGAACCAACUCCCUCAUCUCAAGAAUCUUAGUCUUUUCGAUUUGAGUUUGCUGACAUACAUAAGUAUUGAUGAUGACAAUCACGUGUCCUCUUAUCCCCUUGAAACUCUCAAACUUGAGAAAUUGCCCAUGUUAAAGGGAUGGCGGAUGUCCGAGGACAUAAAACUAGAGCAUGGGCAACAUUCUGAUCUUCCAUUAUUUCCUCGCCUUUCUUCUUUACAUAUCAUUGAUUGCCCUAUGAUAUCAAAACUACCGGUCCAAAAUACUAGGGUAAGGCCAUCGAGCGAAACCUCUUUGUCUUGGGGGUAUGUUCAGGAAGAAACAACAAUUUUACCAUACGUUGCCGACUAUCAAAUUUGAGCAAAGCUUUGACAUUUCCAGUAUUGUUUCCUGUCUUUCACUUCAAUGGCAUUUCCAAUACCGUUUUCUUUUUUUUUUUCUUUUUUCAAAGAUCAUGAAUUUUCUCCCAUAAAGAUCAGGGAAGUCAAUCCCAUACCAAUGUUUUUUUUUUUUUUUAGAAUGUAAUAUAUAAUUUUGCAUUACUCUGUUAGCUAGGAAUUUAUCAUUGUCCAAUGUAGAUUGUGUUGAACAAUUUGAGGCACAUUCUUUUCAUUAUUAUGGCAAUGGGAGCCUAACUGCAAGUAGCUCUGUAAUUUUUGAGUUA